GCAGAGCGCGCCCGGGACCCCGACUUGGACGCGGCCAGCUGGAGAGGCGGAGCGCCGGGAGGAGACCUUGGCCCCGCCGCGACUCGGUGGCCCGCGCUGCCUUCCCGCGCGCCGGGCUAAAAAGGCGCUAACGCCCGCGGCCGCCUACUCCCCGCGGCGCCUCCCCUCCCCGCGCCCAUAUAACCCGCCUAGGGGCCGGGCAGCCCGCCCUGCCUCCCCGCCCGCGCACCCGCCCGGAGGCUCGCGCGCCCGCGAAGGGGACGCAGCGAAGCCGGGGCCCGCGCCAGGCCGGCCGGGACGGACGCCGAUGCCCGGGGCUGCGACGGCUGCAGAGCGAACUGCCCUCGGAGGCCGGCGUGGGGAAGAUGGCCCAGUCCACCGCCACCUCCCCUGAUGGGGGCACCACGUUUGAGCACCUCUGGAGCUCUCUGGAACCAGACAGCACCUACUUCGACCUUCCCCAGUCAAGCCGGGGGAAUAAUGAGGUGGUGGGCGGAACGGAUUCCAGCAUGGACGUCUUCCACCUGGAGGGCAUGACCACAUCUGUCAUGGCCCAGUUCAAUCUGCUGAGCAGCACCAUGGACCAGAUGAGCAGCCGCGCGGCCUCGGCCAGCCCCUACACCCCAGAGCACGCCGCCAGCGUGCCUACCCACUCUCCCUACGCACAGCCCAGCUCCACCUUCGACACCAUGUCGCCGGCGCCUGUCAUCCCCUCCAACACCGACUACCCCGGACCCCACCACUUCGAGGUCACUUUCCAGCAGUCCAGCACGGCCAAGUCAGCCACCUGGACGUACUCCCCGCUCUUGAAGAAACUCUACUGCCAGAUCGCCAAGACAUGCCCCAUCCAGAUCAAGGUGUCCACCCCGCCACCCCCAGGCACCGCCAUCCGGGCCAUGCCUGUUUACAAGAAGGCGGAGCACGUGACCGACGUCGUGAAACGCUGCCCCAACCACGAGCUCGGGAGGGACUUCAACGAAGGACAGUCUGCUCCAGCCAGCCACCUCAUCCGCGUGGAAGGCAAUAAUCUCUCGCAGUAUGUGGAUGACCCUGUCACCGGCAGGCAGAGCGUCGUGGUGCCCUAUGAGCCACCACAGGUGGGGACGGAAUUCACCACCAUCCUGUACAACUUCAUGUGUAACAGCAGCUGUGUAGGGGGCAUGAACCGGCGGCCCAUCCUCAUCAUCAUCACCCUGGAGACGCGGGAUGGGCAGGUGCUGGGCCGCCGGUCCUUUGAGGGCCGCAUCUGCGCCUGUCCUGGCCGCGACCGAAAAGCCGAUGAGGACCACUACCGGGAGCAGCAGGCCCUGAACGAGAGCUCCGCCAAGAACGGGGCUGCCAGCAAGCGUGCCUUCAAGCAGAGCCCCCCUGCCGUCCCCGCCCUUGGCGCCGGCGUGAAGAAGCGGCGGCAUGGAGACGAGGACACGUACUACCUGCAGGUGCGAGGCCGGGAGAACUUUGAGAUCCUGAUGAAGCUGAAAGAGAGCCUGGAGCUGAUGGAGUUGGUGCCGCAGCCACUGGUGGACUCCUAUCGGCAGCAGCAGCAGCUCCUACAGAGGCCGAGUCACCUACAGCCCCCGUCCUACGGGCCGGUCCUCUCGCCCAUGAACAAGGUGCACGGGGGCAUGAACAAGCUGCCCUCCGUCAACCAGCUGGUGGGCCAGCCUCCCCCGCACAGUUCGGCAGCUACACCCAACCUGGGGCCCGUGGGCCCUGGGAUGCUCAACAACCAUGGCCAUGCAGUGCCAGCCAACGGCGAGAUGAGCAGCAGCCACAGCACCCAGUCCAUGGUCUCGGGGUCCCACUGCACUCCGCCACCCCCCUACCACGCCGACCCCAGCCUCGUCAGUUUUUUAACAGGAUUGGGGUGUCCAAACUGCAUCGAGUAUUUCACCUCCCAAGGGUUACAGAGCAUUUACCACCUGCAGAACCUGACCAUCGAGGACCUGGGGGCCCUGAAGAUCCCCGAGCAGUACCGCAUGACCAUCUGGCGGGGCCUGCAGGACCUGAAGCAGGGCCACGACUACAGCACCGCGCAGCAGCUGCUCCGCUCCAGCAACGCGGCCACCAUCUCCAUCGGCGGCUCAGGGGAACUGCAGCGCCAGCGGGUCAUGGAGGCCGUGCACUUCCGCGUGCGCCACACCAUCACCAUCCCCAACCGCGGCGGCCCAGGCGGCGGCCCUGACGAGUGGGCGGACUUCGGCUUCGACCUGCCCGACUGCAAGGCCCGCAAGCAGCCCAUCAAGGAGGAGUUCACGGAGGCCGAGAUCCACUGAGGGCCUCGCCUGGCCGCAGCCUGCGCCACCGCCCAGAGACCCAAGCCGCCUCCCCUCUCCUUCCUGUGUGUCCAAAACUGCCUCAGGAGGCAGGACCUCCAGGCUGUGCCCGGGGAAAGGCAAGGUCCGGCCCAUCCCCAGGCACCUCACCGGCCCCAGGAGAGGCCCAGCCACCGAAGCCGCCUGUGGACAGCCUGAGUCACCUGCAGAACCUUCUGGAGCUGCCCUAGCGCUGGGCUUGUGGGGCGGGGGCUGGCCCACUCUCAGCCCUGCCACUGCCCCGGCGUGCUCCAUGGCAGGCGUGGGUGGGGACCGCAGCGUCGGCUCCGACCUCCAGGCUUCAUCCUAGAGACUGUCAUCUCCCGACCAGGCGAGGUCCUUCCAAAGGAAAGGAUCCUCUUUGCUGAUGGACUGCCAAAAAGUAUUUUGUGACAUCUUUUGGUUCUGGAUAGUAGUGAGCAGCCAAGUGACUGUGUCUGAAACACCAGUGUAUUUUCAGGGAAUGUCCCUAACUGCGUCUUGCCCAUGCCGGGGGCUGGGGACUCUCUCUGCUGGACUUGGGACUGGCCUCUGCCCCCAGCACGCUGUAUUCUGCAGGACCGCCUCCUUCCUGCCCCUAACAACAAACACAGUGUUGCUGAAAUUGGAGAAAACUGGGGAGGGCGCAACCCCUCCCAGGCGCAGGGAAGCAUCUGGUACCGCCUCAGCCAGUGCCCCUCAGCCUGGCCACAGUCGCCUCUCCUCGGGGACCCCUCAGCAGAAAGGGACAGCCUGUCCUUAGAGGACUGGAAAUUGUCAAUAUUUGAUAAAAUGAUACCCUUUUCUACAUGGUGGGUCAGGUUUUUUUUUUUUUUUUUUUUAACUUUCUUUCUCAGCAUUCUCUUUGGAGUUCAACCUAGCGCCCGUGAGCCAGGCUGAGGAAGCUGAGUGAGAAGCCAGGUGGGCAGGACUUGUUCCCAGGAAGGCCGGGUGGGGAGGAAGCCUAGAGAGAACCCCAGGAAGGGCAAAUCCAGGCAAAUCCACAGGAGUGCUCUGCCAUGGGAGCAGUUCCUCCCUUGCCACGGCCACCUUCUCUAGCACUGCAAGGUCCAGAGGGCAUUGCUUUCCUUUCUAGGCGGCGGCAGUCAGGGAACAGACUGAGGUAGGUGUGGGGGGCUCUAGGCCUUCGUGGAGCACCCCAGGGAGUUAGUAGGCCCCGGGAGACAGAGUCUGCACAGGCCCUUUCUGGGGCCUCCUCCAUCCACGAGGAGCAGCCUGAGCCUUGGUGGCCGAACCUUGACCGUCCCGGAGCACAGCUUCAGGGCAGGGAACCGGAGCCCCUGGGGGGCCUCACGGGUGUGACGAGGCCCUUCAUUGCGGGCAGGUGGGCCAGUGGGAGCCCUCACCCACGCAAGCCGAGACACCACCCAGAGUGCAGGCUGCCUGGCCCCUUCUGGCACGGCCAGCUCCACACCCCGUGCCUAGGGUAUGUGUGGUCCUAAGGGCUAGGAGCUUCCCCCACUAACAUCUCCCAGAAAAAGCAGUUAAGCCCCCCAGGGCACAGCAAGGUUAGACACAGCCCCCAUCCCCAGAUCAGGACUCCAUCUUGCUAAGUGGCAUCACCGUCACCAG